AUGACGAUGUCGGAGCUUCCAGGGGAUGUAGUAGAGGAGAUACUCUGUUACGUUCCGGCCACAUCUCUGAAAAGGUUACGAUCUACUUGCAAAAGAUGGAAUCUUUUAUUGGACGAUGCAAGAUUUGCAAGAAAGCACUUCGAUAAAGCCGCAAGACAUAUUCUAAUUAUCAUGUUGACAGAGGAAUAUUCAAGGGUUUGUUUGAUGAACAUCAAUCUACAUGGGUUUUCAUCUAUAGGUGUAAUAGGUGAACUUAGCCUAAUCAAUUCUCAUCCUAGUUUAAGAAUAGCUGAUAUAUCUAAAGCUUUUCACUACGAUGGCUUAUUGUUAUGCACCAUCAAAGAUAGCACGAGUCUCGUCGUUUGGAACCCAUGUACUGGUCAAACCAUCCAAACCACAGUUCCUUACAAGACAGUCUACUCCACCUUUGCGCUCGGAUCCUACAAAGACAAGAAUUCCGGGUAUAACAACAGCUACAAAAUAUUGUGCUAUUACCAACUGAAAGAAUUUGCAAUUUAUGAGAUUAAGACUAAUUCAUGGAAGACUCUUGACGUCGCUUUGGACUUUAGAUUAAUCUAUAUUGAUUACAAGGUGUCUUUGAAGGGAAAGACUUACUGGUUUGCUGAAGAUAAUGGAGAAAACCAUCAAAAAGCAUUAUUCUUAGCCAGUUUUGAUUAUUCAACAGAGAUAUUUGGACGUAUGUGUCUCCCAUGUUACUGUUCUAGCUUUAGUCUUUGGAAUAUAGCUCUCUCCGUUGUUAAAGAAGAAAAACUUUCUAUGUUAUUACAGCAUGAAAAUACGUCACGGACAGAAAUAUGGGUAACAAAUAAGAUUGACGAGACCAACGUGGUAUCGUGGAGCAUAUUCUUGGUAGUAGAUUCAUCCAAAAUUUAUAUUAACUACGGAGUUAGGUUUUUGGUCGAAGAAGAGAAGAAAUUUGUCGUGUGUUGGCAUAGGAAAGUACAUGAGCUCAAGGAAGAAUACAUGAUCAUAACUGAGGGAGAUAAUAAAGUUAUGGAAGUGGAUUUUGAGGCAUCUACAAUGAGUUCAUGUAUGUCACCUUUGUUAACUUAUGUUCCAAGUUUGGUUCAAAUCCAGUGA